AUGUCCUUCAACGAACUAGCCAGUAAGCUGGAAAAGCUCAACACUUCCACCGAGACAGAAGAGCUCCCUCCUUCUCCUGCUCUGUCUUCUCCUCGACAGAGACGACAGUAUGCCAUCGAGACCGAGCUGGUGUACACCGAUGCUGGCGAGGGAGCCGACAAAUACCACAGAUCGAGCAGUGUGCCGAUCUUCCAGACCGCCACCUUCAAGCAGGAGUCGCUGAGCAACAUGGGCGAGUACGACUACACUCGAAGUGGCAAUCCUACUCGAAGUGCUCUUGAGCGACAUUUGGCCAAGAUCAUGGGUGCCUCUCGGGCCCUGGCUGUUUCCUCGGGAAUGACCGCUCUAGAUGUCGUGACUAGAUUGCUCAAGCCCGGAGACGAGGUUGUUACCGGAGACGAUCUGUACGGAGGAACCAACCGUCUGCUCACAUACCUCAAGGAGAACGCUGGAAUCAUUGUUCACCACGUUGACACAACUAACCUGGAGUCUGCCUCCAAGGUGUUUGGCCCCAAGACUGCGUUGGUGCUGCUCGAAUCCCCAACUAAUCCUCUCAUCAAGGUCUGUGACAUCCAAGGCCUUGCAGCAGCUGCCCAUGCUGGAAACCCCAAUGCCCUUGUUUGUGUCGACAACACCAUGCUGUCGCCACUGCUCAUGCGACCUCUGGAGCUUGGAGCCGACAUUGUCUACGAGUCUGGAACAAAGUACCUCUCUGGUCAUCACGACAUCAUGGCCGGUGUACUGGCUGUCCGAGAAAACAAGGUGGGCGAUCGCCUCUUCUUCACAAUCAACGCAUCUGGCUGCGGCUUGUCUCCCUUCGACUCGUGGCUUCUGCUCCGAGGUAUCAAGACGCUGUCAGUCCGUCUGGAGAAGCAGCAGAGAAACGCACAGCAGGUGGCCGAAUUUUUGCACGAGGCCGGUUUCAAGGUCCGAUUUCCUGGUCUCAAGUCGCAUCCACAGUACGAUCUCCACUGGAAGCAAUCGCGCGGAGCAGGUGCCGUUCUCUCUUUCGAGACUGGAUCUGUCGCUUUGUCGGAAAAGAUUGUCGAGGCUGCCCGAAUCUGGGGUAUCUCCGUCUCCUUCGGCUGUGUCAACUCUCUCAUUUCCAUGCCUUGCAAGAUGAGCCAUGCCUCCAUCGACGAAAAGACUCGAAAGGAACGUGACUUCCCUGAGGAUCUCAUUCGAUUGUGUGUUGGUAUCGAAGACCCCGAUGAUCUGAUUGAUGACCUCAAGACCGCCCUCGUGAAGGCUGGUGCUGUUACCAUCGGCAUCGAUGGCCAGCUUACCAACAACGUCAGCAACUAA